CAUGUUAUACCGCCUCCUCACCCAACCGUCACCUUUGUUCUUCCUCCACCAGUACAUCCGCUCAUGGUCGCCGAGGUGGAAGAUGAAUAUAUCGUAAUAAAAGGAAAGAUAUCAUUGAGAAACACAGAGAAAGCGAUAAAAUCUUGUUGAUUCUCGAUUUCUUUGAAUCGGAAGGAAACGGAGUAACUUUGUUUCGAUAGGAUUCAGAGGUCAUCGAUCGGUCGAUCGAUAAUCGAAAUCGUUGCAUGAUUGAGACAGAGAGGGAUCGAGUAGUAGUUUACGGCUUAUAGAGGAUAGAGGUUAGAGGGUUGAGAGAGGAGGAGAAAGAGAGGGCCAAAGGAGGCUACUUUGAGAAACUAUGUCUGCCAUAGUGUGCGGGAAGAGAUCUCUGUUCGAGGACUAUCCUGCUACUUCGCCUCCCGUCUCCAAGAGAAUCCGUUGUUCUUCUUCCUCUCCUGUUCGUUUCUCUCCGCCUAGAUCCAUCUCCAAUCGCUCUGCGCUUAUUGACCAUCUCCUGGCAAAUUUUCCUGAAAUGGACAAACAGCUCAUUGAGAAAGCUCUUGAAGAAUGCGGAGAUGACUUGGAUUCGGCUAUCAGAAGUUUAACUGAACUUCGUUUGGGAUCUGCUGAUAGAAGUUUGGGUACUUUGGCUAGCAAACCUGAAAUAUCUCAAGAGGCGAAUGCUCAACUUCAAGCACAAGGUGUUGUAAAUGCUAAUGGAGAGGUUCCUGUGGCUGAGGAUCCAUCAGCUCCAUUAAACUUACAAAUGGAAGGUGCAGAAUGGGUGGAACUUUUUGUUAGAGAAAUGAUGAGUGCCUCUAAUAUUGAUGAUGCUAGAGCUCGUGCGUCUAGAGCACUGGAAGUACUGGAGAAAUCAAUCCAAUCAUGCGCAGAAGCAGAGGCUGCCCGAAACUUUCACCAGGAAAAUAUGGUGUUGAAGGAGCAAGUGGAAGCACUGAUCCAUGAGAACACAAUUCUCAAGCGAGCUGUGGCCAUACAGCAUGAGCGUCAGAAAGAGAUUGAAGAUAGGAGUCAGGAGUUGCAGCAACUGAAGCAACUGUUAUCCCAGUAUCAAGAGCAGUUGAGGACCUUGGAGGUUAACAAUUAUGCAUUGACAAUGCACCUGAAGCAAGCUCAGCAAAGCAACUCUAUCCCUGGGCAUUUUCACCCUGAUGUUUUCUAGUGGUCGUGAAUGUGUUAAUACCGCUUGGAGAAUGGAUCAUAUGUAUGUGUAAUCUCGUAAUCAGAGCAAACCUGAAAAGCCGGCCACAUUUUGUAGGCACUUACAUAUAUGUUUGUUGCCCAACCUGGCAGGGUUUUCUUUCUAUGUCCAAAUGGUUGACUGUUAGUUAUUGACAUAUUGACUGCAUUCAAAAUUUCAAAUACUGAUACAGUAUUAUCUUCUAAAUAUUCAAGCUUAAUCGUCAAUGGUUUGCAAGCCGUGCCUUCUUUUCCUUUCUCCA